AUGGCUCCCUUUCAAAUAGCCGAGGAGGUUGAAGAUGGGUCUCGGAUUGUCCAGAUAUGCGAUGCAAAGUCGCAAGAGGCUAGAACCAUUGGCCUAUUUAUCGCCAGUUCUGUGGACAAACUUCGCGACGCUCAACUUGCUCUUCGAACCUGGGCUAGCGGCAAUUGCGUCAAUCUUGCCACCUCAAAGACCUCGAAAAUAAGUCUAAGUGCCUUGGAGGCCUCUAAGAAGAGCAAACGAUCUUCUGUCAUGUCUCUUUUUUCCAACACCCUCACUACCCGCGGGGACUGCAGGGCUAUCCAAGUUAGUUCAGGCGACAGCUGUGGUGCCCUUGCCAGUCGCUGUGGCAUAUCCGCCAAUGACUUCACCAAAUACAACAGCCAAAAAGGACUCUGCUCUAGUCUCAGGCCCAAGCAGUACGUCUGCUGUUCGUCAGGCUCCUUGCCAGAUAUGAGACCGAAACCACAAGCCGACGGCACAUGCGCUACUUAUACGAUCCAAGACAACGACAACUGCAAUGAUAUUGCAGCGCAAUUCAGUCUGACCAAGAAAGACAUUGAGGACUUCAACAAAGCUACCUGGGGAUGGGCUGGUUGCUCCCGUCUGAACAGGGAUCAAGUCAUCUGUGCAAGCAAAGGAAAUACCCCCAUGCCGGCCGAGUACAGCAGUGCUGUCUGUGGUCCCCAAAAGCCAGGAACUAAAAAGCCCGAGGGACAAUUUACAGGCUUCAAUCUUACUAAGCUGAAUCCUUGCCCUCUGAAAGCCUGCUGUUCUGGCUGGGGAUUCUGUGGGACGACAGAUGAGUUCUGUACAGAAUCUCCCGCCGAUACUGGCGCUCCUGGCGCAUUUAAAACUGGCACUAGCGGCUGCAUUUCUAAUUGCGGAACUGAAAUUGUUGGUAAUGAUGAUAAACCAAAAGCUUUCCGCCGUGUCACCUAUUUUGAAGCAUUCAACGUGAAGCGCGAUUGUCUCAACAUGGACGUUAGGGAGAUAGCUGAUGACAAACUGACUCAUGUUCAUUUUGCAUUCGCUGGCCUUAGCGAGGAUUUUGAGAUCACUUUUGAUGAAGCCUUUAAGGACCAAUUCGAUGCCUUUGCGAAGAUGGAUGCUUCGUGGUCAAAAAUUCUCUCAUUUGGUGGGUGGGCGGAGUCUACCGACGCAGCAACGUUCCAGCGCUACAAAGACGUUGUCAAGCCAGGGAACCGUGAGAAGUUUGCCAAUCACGUCGUCGAUUUCGUUAAGAAGUAUGACCUUGACGGCAUUGAUUUUGACUGGGAGUACCCUGGGGCUACCGAUAUCCCUGGAGUUCCGGGCGGCGAAGGCGAGACAGAGAGCUACCUUGAAUUCUUGAAGCUUAUGAAGGAAAGGUUGGGCGGCAAGUCUUUGUCUAUUGCUUUGCCAGCAUCUUACUGGUAUCUCAAGCCAUUCCCCGUUGAGAAGAUGGCCAAGUACCUCGACUACUUCAUUUAUAUGACAUAUGACCUGCAUGGCCAAUGGGACUUCGGGAAUCAAUACGCAAGCCCUGGAUGUAACGGCGGAAAUUGUCUUCGUUCCCAUGUCAACAAGACCGAGACUCACAACGCACUGGCCAUGAUCACCAAGGCUGGCGUGCCAGCUAACAAGGUAAUCGUGGGCAUUGCGAGCUAUGGUCGUAGCUUUGGUAUGAAGGACCCUAGCUGCACUGGUCCGAUGUGCAAAUUCACCGGAGAUUUCGACACGUCCACCGCCCAGGUUGGUUCCUGUACUAAUACUGGCGGUUACAUUUCAAACGCAGAGCUACUGGUUCUAAGCGAUAACGCAGUGCUUGGGCAUCCUGGCUAUCACGCUAAAUCAUGGCAUGAUGAUGACUCAGACUCAGAUAUCAUGGUUUAUGGCGAGAACGAAGAGGCUCAUAGCUGGGUGGCGUACAUGAAUGACGACACCAAAAGCAGCCGGAUUAGCUGGGUUGAAGGACUCAACUUUGGUGGUGUGUCCGACUGGGCAGUCGACCUUGGCGAGUGGUAUGAUGGCGAGGAUCCAGAUGAUGAUUCGGGCUCAUCUCUAUCCGGUAGAACUUUCAACGGUUGCCCAUCGGACGAUUGGCCUGACACAUUGGACGAACUGAACGACAAUUUGGACAAGAUCGACGCGGAGUGUCAAUCUCAAGCCGUCGUUCACGUUCUCCUCCAGCAUGUCAAUGAUGCAGUGACUGACUAUAAAGAGGUUUCUUCUGCUGACUAUGACGAAAAGUUCAAAUACUACGCCCAAUGGAUAAAGGACGGUAUCAACGGCUCACUUGACAAAUUUAUGAUUGGUAACGGCACCAAAUACAUGGACUGCGAGUGGAGGUCUGCCGCUACAUCUGGCUCCGGUCCAUGCACCGAAAAGCAACGCGGAACGGAUAAGGGAAUUCAGGAUGUCACCUGGAAGAUGCGUGACGAGGAUGGCUUCUACAAGGCCCUCAGCGACGAGUACGGCAUUCAGAAGGACUGGAUCAAAUGGGUAAAAUCCCACGAGAUACUACAGCCCUGUACUUGCCCAAUACCUGGCGAUCCUUGCCUGAUGUGUAGUCCCGGCAUGUUAUCUGGAGAGCUUUACUACAACUACCCACGUCGCAAGGACGAUGACGACAUCGACGUGCCCAAUCCCAAGAAGGUUGUGGAUGCGGCCAUUCCAAACAUUACCUCCCUCUCGACUACUAUGCUUUCCACCUAUUUUGAAAUGCGCACGUUCACUCUUGACGCAGACUACGGAGAUGUGGCCACUUCGUUUAGUAUGCCCGUCUUCAUGAUGCAGGAUGCCACAGAAUCGAUGAAGACUAUCAAGAAAAUCGGUGCCGAAGCAGAAGAAAAACAAAAGAACAAGCUCAUUAUGAUGAUUCUCACGAUUGUUUUUGCUGUGAUUCCUUUCGCUGGUGAGGCAGCCGCGGCUAUAGGUGGUGUGGCUGCCAUCGCCCGGGUGGCUCUAGUCAUCGGCGAAGCUGGAAAUGCAGCCCUUACAGUUGCCGAUAUUGUCAAUGAUCCUGCUUCUGCUCCUUUUGCCAUUGCAGGCUUACUUGUUGGAGCGGGUGCCGCUGGAAGACCAAGUCGCAAGAUGUUCUCGGAGGCUGCCGGAGCUCGGAAAGCGCUGUCGGCUGAUAAACUCAAGCUUUUCAGUGAAUCCUUCCAACACAAGGAUAGAAUUGUGCAGAAAAUUGUUAAGAAAUGCCUUGCUUAA